AUGCACCUUGGACACAGGGGCAGUAACAGCGAGGAGGUAAGACAAAUGAAGUAUAAUUACCUUCGGGAACCCAUAAAUAUAGGUUGAAAACUCAUACACACAUGCAACAAAAUGUUUACAAAAAAUCUCCAUAAUAACACUGUGUUCUGUACCACUAGGGAAUGCCUUACGGACCAUUCAACAACUUGAACAUGCAAGUAGGUGAAGAAAUGCUGAUUUUGCAAACAUUUCCCAUAAUCCUAUUUAUCACAUUUUGGAUCUUUUACUUAAGUCCACAUCCAUUUAUUUCAAAGGCAACACCUUAACUAACUGUAUUAAAACCAUGCACCUGUGUCAACACCCCUACACUACAGCCAAACAGGGACAAAAAGUUUAUAGCAUACGUGUUUGUUAGCGUCUUUUUUUUGGUGUCCCCAAUAGUGGGAUACCAGAGAACAAAAGUGGAACAGGGCUGUUAAAGUGUGUUGAGCAUAUGUGGGGAUGCUACCUGUGGUGUUGUAUUUGUUUGAAAGUUGUUUUUAGGAUUGCAUGUGUGUAGAGGAGUCCUUUUGUAUUGUAGUGUGUAAAGGGGUCUGUUUGUGUUGUACUAUGUGUGGCUAGUGGAUAUAGUGUGUGUUGGGCUGUAAAGUAUGUGUGUGUGUUUAUAGGGCCUGUAAAGUGUGUGGGCCUAGGGGGUGUUGUGUGUGCAUGUAAGGGCUGUACUGUGUGUCUGUAUCUAGGGGCUCCAGGGGGUUGCAUUGUGUGUGUAUGCAUGCAGGGGUUGUAGUGCAUAUGUGUGUAUAGGUGUGGUAAUGUUUGUAUAGGGUGUUUAGUGUGCAUGUGUGUAUAGGGGGUGUAGUGUGUGUAUAGAAGUAUAGUGUGUGUAUAGGGGUGUAGAGUGUGUAUAGGGUACAAUGUUUGUACAGGAAGUGUAGUGUGUUUUAGGUGGUAUAGAGGGUGUUAGUGCAUUUUUGUGUGUGUAGUGGGUGUAAUGUUUGUGUUUAUAGGGUAUAGACUGUGUGUGGUGUGCACGCAAGGGUUGUAUUGUGUGUUUAUAGAUGGUAUAAAGUGUGUGCAGUGUGUGUUUAUAGACAUAUAGAUUGUGUGUAGUUGAGUAGUGUGUGUAAGUAAUGGGGGUGUAAUGUGUAUAUGAGGGUAUAGAGUGUGAGUGGUGUAUAUGUGUAAGUGUAUGGGGUGUAGUGUUUAUAUAGGGGGAAAAGUGUGUGUAGUAUGUUUGUGUGUAAGUGCAGGGGUGUUGUGUGAAUAUAGGGGUAUUGAGUGUGUGUAGUAUGUUUGUGUGUAAGUGCAGGGGGUGUAGUGUGUGUAUAAGGGUGUAGAGUUUGAGUAGUGUGUUUGUUAAGUGCAGAGGGUGUAGUGUUUAUAUAGGGGGUAUAGAGUGUGUGUAGUGUGUUUGUGUGUAAAUGUAGGUGGUGUAAUGUGUAUAUUGAAGGUGUUUGUGUGUGUGUGUGUGUGUGUGUGUGUGUGUGUUUGUGUGUAAGUGCAGGGGUGUAGUGUGUGUAUAAGGGUGUAGAGUGUGAGUAGUAUGUUUGUUAAGUGCUGGGGUGUAGUGCGAAUAUAGGGGUAUAGAGUGUGUGACGUAUGUUUGUGUGGACGUGCAGGGGUGUAGUGUGUAUAUAAGAGGUAGGAUAGAGCUUAAAUAAUUAAAUUACAAAUGUAAUUGUUAAAGAAAAUUACCUUGCAGGGGGAGAGGGAGCACAGUGAUCACUGGUGGUCCAGUGGGCUACAUAGGCAGUCAGUAUAUGUUAUAUAGUAUAGACCAUGUCUCUCACUCUUGUUCUGACAGAGCUUGCGUAAGGGAGCGCUGCAUGCUGCUGAGAGGCUUCCUGACUCAUAUUAUCCCGGUGACCUAACCUCCCCUCCGGCCUGUGAUGCAACAGUACGCCCUCAUUGGGCCGGGCCGCACUGCCUGCCUUCGGCCCAUGGCCAUCGUGGCCACCGGCAUUUGACUGGUAUGCCGGAUAGCCAGUUCAGGCCUGCCCUACACAGUGCUUUAUAAUUAACUUCAAAUAUGGUGCAUUAAAUUGGCACCGUCACAAAUUAUGUAAAUGGAGUUGUUAUUGCUCUCUCAGUACAGAGGACUUGGGGCAAACAAUGAGAGAGUGCUAGACCAAGGGUUUUUCAUAACCUCACUGGAGACUCCAGCCUUUGUGAGCUCUCAUCUCCACCCCCUCCCCGCCCUCCCAAUGAGAGAGAAGAAAGGAUAGAGGGAGUGAAAGAUGCGAUGAGAACAUUAGCAUGGAGAAAUCAGGGGUUCUCUGAGAUUAAGGAAAGUUGGUCAUUUUUGCAUUAGUGUAUUGAACAUAAAGUUUUGUGAUUAAGAAAAUGCAUCAAUUAGUGCUUCCUGAGCAUUGUUUGAUCAAAUCUAGACAAGUAUUUGCAUAAUAAGCUAUAUUUCUAAAUAUUGAUCUCUCCUGAUUGUCAAUCUUUCUUGUCCCAGAUGCCUCAUGUUGGAUCUUUCUAUGGACUUGGCCUCCCAAACUACUCACAGAUGGUCCAGUUACAGCAUGCACUAGUCCAGCAACCUUUCUCAUGGCUUCAGCAAAAUGCAGCUAAAGGUCACAAAGAUACCAUUUCUCCUCCAAUGCCACGAUUCCCGAUAAACUCUCCACAUUUGGCACACCAUCAGCAGCCAAAGCAACCACCACUACCCACUAUGCCCCAGUACCAACAUGUCACAAAGCAACAUCAGCCACCUCCUGCACCAGAUCCCCAGUUAACCCCUGUAAGUACAUAAAGCAAUACUGUAUGCGCCAGCAAUCAUUUUCUGCAAUUAAUAAAAAAGGGAUUCAUCUAUAGGUUAACUUACUAUAUUUAAAGGGACCUUCUUAGCACCAUAACCACUAAAGUUCAUUGACACUGUCUUUUAUUUUUUUAUCAUACCAAUUUGAACCAGUCUGACAUAAACCAUGGCUCUGCCAGCACCCUCAGUCUGAUACAUCCCUCCUAAGCUAUUUGUAUACUGUACAAAUUACAUAAACAAAGAAGACAGCUAUGGAUGCCAAGGAGAGCCACAGCUUUGCAAAUCACCGCAAAAUAGUUUCACAAAAAUGCUGAUAGCUUAGUCUAUCAUCAAUGAGCAGCUAGAUGUGUAGAAUGACGUAAACAAUGAACUGUAUUGGUAUCGUGCUACCCCUUUAAUGAUUAUGAACAUUUUUAUAUAAGGUACCUAUAAAGAUUUAAGGCUUUUAUUUGUAGACAUUCCAUUAACUUGCAAAAAGUUUACAUUUGUUUGUUUGAUAAUUGCUUAAAGAGACAUUACACACAGGAGCCCAUUUAUUGUUUUUUUUUUUUUAUUUAUAUAAAUGAAAAGCUAAUGUGAUAGAUCAGUUGGUAGAGUUCUAGCUGUAGUAUCUCAGACCUCCAGGUGUAAUUUCAAACAGAUCUAACUCUGCCAUUCAUCUUUUUGAUAUCAAUUUAAAAAUAUAUAUAUUUUUUCUAAAAACUUUUUUUAAUCAUUGGAAACUAGUGACAACUAUCAGGGUUAUUCACUAAAGGUAUAAUUGUAGGGAGUUCAAAGUUAAUUUUAAGCUGAAGGUCAAAGUAGCUGCACUGAAAGCAUUGCUGACUGGGAGGAUUUUAUGGCUUCAGCUAUUUUGACCUUAAAUUUGAAAUUCACUUUUUCUAACAUGAAUUUGUUGGCAAUAUUAUUUAUUGCACUCAUAUUUGAAGUUUGCAUUUGCUACAAAUCACUGAGUCUACCAACACCAGAAGUGACUUAGUCAAUAAUGGAGCUCAGUCAAUUUUCUUUAGUAUAUACAAGCUCAUACUUUAAAGGGAAAAAGUCACUUGUAUGGAUUUUUAAAAUUAUGUUUAGUUACGUAUUCCCUAUGUUUAAAUAAUAUGGGUGUGUGUGUAUAAUUGAAUGUAUAGAUCCACAUUGCUCUGUCGUGGAUUUGAUUGGCUCUAUCAUGGCUCUCUGUUAGACAUUACUAAACUUUGCCCUCUGCCCAGACAGAGCAUACAGGUAAUCCAAGACACUAAUUUGUCUUUUUUUUUUAUCAGAGCUUUUACUUUUAUUUUCAGAUACAUCAGGUUCAUAAUGAGUAAAAUGAAAGGUUUUGAUAACUCCCCUUUUCCAGUAUAGAAUUCCACGUUAGAAUCAAGGAGGAAAAGAUUAAUGUAGGAGCUGUUUUGUGCCAGUCUCACUGCAUGUCAUUACAUUCUCCCUCGGCUCUCAGCUCAUUCCUCACCAAUCUCUGUAAUAGCCAUACUUUUAGUGAACCGAGCUAUUUUAUCUGUAAUUCAAGUAAUCUAAGUAACUUGUCAAGGUGAGAUACAGCAUCACAAAGGUUUAAAAUAUCCAUGGCAUCCUAUGAAAUGUGCCUCUGUUUCCUCUACAGAUAUUUCCUCCAUAUCCUAGUGGAAUCAACCCAUUUCACCCAUAUUGGCAACAGGUAUGUAACAUAUUUAAGCGCAAAACUCAUUGAAGUAAUAUUUUAAGCAGUUCUAUAAUGGACAUAUGUACAUGAAUUUGGGGGAGGGAAAUUAUAAUUUAAAUGACUGUCACCAUUAUUGAUGAUCUUAAAGUGGCUCUGUCACUCUCAACUUACCUUUCUCCAGUCAUUCCUUCUUCCCUUUCUCUUUCACAAUCUGUUAUUUUGUUUUUUUCUGAUCUAUUUUUCUUUAAAAACAUAAGACUACUAAUGGACUACUUUGUAUUUUUGUAUUUUAUACUUUGUAUUUUUCCUAUGCUUGACACAUUUUGACAAAGAGUUUAAGGCAAGCUACACUUCCUUUGUCAAAGUAUAAUUUUCCCACAAUACUCACCUUUCCAUCAAGUCUAUCCUCAUCGAGAUCUCACAUGCCCAGUACAAUUGCCUUUGCAUAUGUCUUACAUAGACAUGCUUCUUUCCAAAGGCAGGACAUCACUGCCAGGCUUUUUUAUAUGGCCUGGAUGAGAAGAAAAUCUAG